AUGGAGAGAACGUAAUAGCUAAGAAGAGAUGUAAGCUGAACAAUAUAUCCCGAAAGACAAGUUGAAUGUAAUACUAACCUAAUUUAG